AUGUGCUGCGGAUUGCUCUUCACGGAGCUGGCGUUCCUGGUGCUGUAUGUGCUAACUGCUCCAGCUCUCACUUUCUCCUCUGGUCCGGACCUCCUGCUGCACCUCUAUCUCAUCUACACGGGUUACACCGCUCUGGGACUGCUACUCUCUUCCCUCUCUCCUUUUCUUAGAGAGGUGAUACAAGUGUCAGUAUGCGGUGUAGUUCUGAUCUCGUACCCUCUGGCGUUUAUCCCAGCUCCGAUCCUAUCCUGUGUUAGCUACAUCCUCCUCUCAGUUCCUCCUCUUCUUUCUCUCGUCGAGGGAUACCAGAUAUAUCUACUCGUCACAAAGUUUUCUAGGGUUUUAACAGAACGUAUCGAGGAGAGUGAGGGUUUGAUUAAAGGCGCUAUCAUAGCUGUAUCUACUCUUAGCCUGGCCCUGUCCGCAUAUCUGAACGUUUUCUACAUUGAUCUGUCUCCAACAAUUAAGGUCGCUCUUUUCUUUACGGCGUGUUUGAUCCUCAUUGUAAACAUAGCGGUGGAAGAAGGUAUUAUAUCGGACGCCUGCCUGCUCAUCCUUGCUAGCUACAUGAUCCUGACCAUCACUCUAUCCGACAUGACCCCCGCCCCCUCUCUACCUCCCCCCAACACUGCUCCACAAGCCCAGACCAUGUUGGGAGCUAUCAUCCGGAUACCACAGUUAAUCUCUUUCGGAGUAUCCUACAUCAUCCCCUACGCUAAACAGCUCCUUGCACCCCUGCCCCUCUCCAUGCUGGCUAUCAGGGCUAUCUCCGUGGCGACCUUCUCAGACGGGAUGUUGGAGGAGGACAGCUGGGUGCGAGGUUUGGGCAAGUACCUGGUAGUGACCCUGUACACAGCGUACGUGUUAACUGCGUCCCAGCAGAGUGAGAGUUUGGUAAUGUUUGGGGUGGUGUGCAGGGCGUGUGAAGCGGUUAUCCUGUUUGGGACGUAUGGGAGGUAUUUGUUCGGGUACUGUGAUAUGGACGAGUCCUUCUCGUAUUGAACAGUUAGAGAGUUUAGAGGUUAAGUAUUUUUGUGGUAUUAUUUCGGAGUCAGGAGGUUUACCGAGACACAUAUUUAGAUUCGAAUUUUUUUGUCGACUGCUGACUGAACGACAAUGGCAUACAUUCUUAGUUUUAUUCUUACUUACACUGUUAAACGUUCUUUAUCUUUAUUUUAAACGGUAUAUUAAUAUAAUCUUGUAAAAUAUCUCGGAUUGUUUUAAUUUUUUUAACGUAAAUAUUAAAUUAAUAUUUGAUAAUUUAUUAAUGUUUAUUAAUUUUAUAUGUUUUUAUUCCUAAAAUACUGUCAAUGCAGGGAUUAAUAAAUAGUCAAUAAAUCAGUGGUUAUUCUUCAUGUCUCAUUAUUCUUGUGUUACAUUAUCCAAAACACAACUUAAAAUGGGCGUGCAAUAGAAUGGAAGAUGAGAUCUGAGAAUGGACGAUAAGAUGGAAGAGAGUAGAAGGCGAACUAAUCUAGGAUGCCCCAAGUGCUCCUUUUCUACAAGUUUAGUUCACGAGUUGAAACAACAUCUUAAAACCCAUGCUGAUACUUUAGUGCAACUUUACGAGUUGAUUGAGUUAAGUGAGCUGACUAGGGAUAUAAAUGAUAUUAUUUGACCUGUGCCAUGCAGUGUAUUCUUUUUUUUGACUGAGAGUCAUGAACGAUAGAAUUUUUAAACUUUUGAAAGAUUUUAAUAAAGUUUCUUUUUAGGAAAUUA